AAAUUCGUUUGGCUACAAGAUGGCGUGCGUGUACGUUUUGUUUUCAGAUCUUUUGGAGUGUUGGGUUAGGAAGCAGCGGAUUAUCAUUGACUGUACAUACGUUAAAUUUCGCCAACUUUCUCUUAAAUUCGAUCACUGAAUUAUAAGAUAAAAGGAAAGUAACAAAUUACAUUUGUAGUUGUUCUGCUUGUUCUCCCUUUCGAACCGAGGAAAUGAACAGAAUAAGUAUAAACGGAAAUGUACGAUAGAUAUUAUUUUGCGGCCAGUUCCAAAGGAUUUAGCAGAAAAUGCUUCAGACUCUACGCGAACGUUCGCAAAAACGCAAGAAGUUGCUCGCUCAGACGUUAGGUGUUUCGAGCGUAGACGAGUUGCGGCAAAUUCUUGGAACUGAUGUCGACGAUACGCAGAAGAAAAAAUUGAAAUCGGUAUCAGAGAAAUCGGAGAACGGAGUGAAAGAUUUAAAAGGUGAGACAGGUCCGACCGACGAAAUCGUUUACAAAGACUCGUCAACAUUUUUAAAGGGAACACAAUCGUCGAAUCCGCAUAAUGACUACUGUCAACAUUUCAUUGAUACGGGUCAGCGACCUCAAAAUUUCAUUAGGGACGUGGGUCUGGCGGACAGAUUCGAGGAAUACCCGAAACUGCGGGAGCUGAUCAAGUUGAAAGAUGAUUUAAUCGCUGAAACCGCAACACCUCCCAUGUACCUAAAAACUGACCUGCUUACGUACAAUUUGAAGGAACUGAAUUGCAAGUUCGAUGUAAUUUUGAUCGAACCCCCUUUGGAAGAGUACCAACGCACCUGCGGCGCUACAAACGUGCAACUUUGGAAUUGGGAUCAGAUAAUGGAAUUGGAUAUCGGCGAAGUGGCGGCCAAUCGGAGCUUCGUGUUUCUGUGGUGCGGCAGUAGCGAUGGACUAGAUAUGGGACGUUUCUGUCUUCGAAAAUGGGGCUUUAGACGAUGCGAAGACAUAUGCUGGAUUCGCACCAACAUUAAUAACCCGGGGCACAGUAAAAACCUAGAUAGCAAGGCCGUACUUCAGAGAACCAAAGAGCACUGCCUAAUGGGUAUCAAGGGGACCGUCAGACGAUCCACGGAUGGAGAUUUCAUUCAUGCAAACGUCGAUAUUGAUUUGAUCAUUUCGGAGGAGCCCGAAUAUGGUUCUAUAGAAAAGCCUGUCGAGAUUUUUCAUAUAAUCGAACACUUCUGUCUCGGCAGACGACGACUGCAUUUGUUCGGUCGAGACAGUACUAUUCGACCAGGCUGGCUUACUGUAGGCCCUGAGCUAACCAACACGAAUUUUAACGCAGACCUCUAUACUAGUUACUUUGCCAACGGUCAAAUCACCACUGGUUGUACAGAACGUAUCGAAGCUCUCAGACCAAAGUCUCCACCGCCAAAGGGAAAAGUCGCCGGUCGAGGUAGAGGCGGUUUCACUCGAGGACGUGGUAGAGGAAGGUAAAACGGUCCGCCAUCGAUGAUCGUUUCAGAUCCUUUCUUUACAUAUUGUAAUGAUCAAAUACACCACACGUUGCCAGAACGUUGGCAACCAGAUCACCACAUCUCUUCCGUUAAAAGAUUCGGUAUCACGUGAAGAAAACUUGUACCUUUGUAUUGUACGAUAAUUUGUUUUACAUAUUGUGUUAUAGCGUAGUUCAAAUACAUCGCGCUACCGAAUAUUCCAAUUCUCUUCAUUUACAUGUAAAUAUAAUCACGCAACGAAUUAGUUAACGCGCGAAUGAUAUCGAAAUUAUCGGGCAUUUCUCUCACACCCUGACUUAUGAUUUAGAAUCGAAUAUCACGAUGUUUCUAACAAUGUACACCGUAUUACGUGUAAAUACCUUUAUUCAUUCGUGUCCUAUUUGGAAUAUUUUGUAACGCAAACCAAUAUACAACAUGUUUGAAAUAAAGUUCAGUGUCGAAUCGAUGGUCACCGAGAAUAUCAAUGCUUUAUGUCUACUUACGCGUGUGGGUCGCUUAACAAUAUAUCAAUCAUUCACCGGCACAAUUAGCCGAGAGCUUCUAAAUUUUCGUCUAAUUGCUUAAGAACGAUUAUACAAAUCUUAGCAUCUUAAGUAUACGCAUUCUUAAAAAGCAAACGCGAUUAUUUCGAAACGUUUGAGAUCCGGUCAUAUUACUUUGUACUUUGUGUCUUGAGAAUAUUGAAAUUUCUAUAAAUACAACUUACUAUAUAGUUAACUACAUUUACAACUUUUAUACGAUCCACGGAAACUUACGAACAUACUUCUUGGCCCCAGUAAAGCUUCCGGUAGUAUAGAAUACGUAUUCGAUAAAUGGUUCGCAUUUUCUCGCAUCUGAAACUUUCCAUGAACUUUAAACGUAACGAGGAGGAACCAAUCAUGCUUAACGACAAUCGAUUUGCGACGCUUUUAAAUUACAGAUUUCAUGGAAUAACAUCCUUUGAUUUUCGCCAAAAGUUUACAAAACGUUCGUUUCAUAAUAAUUCGUAUAACUUCUAAAUCUACGUACGAUUACUAUGCUCGGCGAGUACAAUAAAUUAAAGAAUGGAAUUAUCUCGACGAUAAAAAAUAUAGAACACUGGAUGUGCUUACCGAUUCGGUUCAUUGAACGUCUGAGAGAAAGAAAAGCUUGCGAAACCAAAAUUAUCGUUUGAAUAAAAUCACGAAAAGAAGAAGGUGACAAAUUCAUUGCCUUAAAACAAUGAUCGUCAAUAUGCAUAAAAAUAUCGAACGACGAACCUUGCGGUCAACGCGAGUAUAAAAUAUAUUUCUUUCUAGCUAAUUACAUAUUGUCGUCGAUAUAAAAUAUACGAGAAACGAGUAUCUACAAAUUAAAAUCGAUCAACGGUACGAUCGGUCGUCGAAAGUAUAAAUUAGAAGGUGUUAAUCGUCCGAGUUAAGAAACGCGUCUUCUUCUUUUUUCACGCAGUCUUCCAUACAGCGAUUCGCUGGAAAUGAUCACAUUUUUUUCUUUUCCCAAAAAUGCCGUGUAAACGAAGAGAACUAUCUUACACACGGUAAAAGUGAUUAGACAGAAAAAGAGAGAGAGAGAGAGAGAACGAGAAAAAGAAAGAAACGCAAUUUUUUUGAAAUUCUACCAGCUAUUAAGAAGAAUACGAAUAUAUAUGUAUAGCGAUGAACUGGCAGGCACAGGCAGAACUCGUUGGUAUCGACUGAUCAAUUCGUUCGUGAGCAAACGAUGAGUCGCAGUGAAGUGGACCGUUUUUUGAGAGUAGAGUUUAGUUCUGAUCGGUCUCCAUCGGAUCGGUCUACAGUUUCAAAGUCACAAAUAGGUCGACUCCCCUGUAAGCAGAGUCAAUGUGAAUUACGUGGAAAGUUGACUUGUUAGCAUAUAUGUACAUAGUUAACGAAACGCAAAACGCAAAAUCGCGUCGAGCAAAUGCGUACCUGUAUAAAAGAAUUUAAAUUUCUGCGAAUGCGAGUGGCAAGGAUCUCGGUUUUCUCCGUUUCCUACUUUAUGCAGGGUGUUUCCUAGCGUAUUUCAUAAGAACAAACAAAAAUCAUCGUUAAAACAGUAAACUCGCACUACGUUUAGAAAAGUUCGAGAAGGAAGAAGAAAGAAAAGUAAAAGAAAUACGGAAAAAUGAAACGAACAAAAUAGAGAGGAACAACGUGUUGUUGUUUAAUUGCGUCCUCCGAUGCUCGAUAACCUUUCUUUUUUUUUUUUUUUUUUUUUUUUUUUUUUUAAAUGAUCGAAAAUGUUGGAGGGGACGAUAUAUGGAGAGUUGUAUUCGUAUAUAAUAUCACAGAAAAAAAUAAUGCAUCUUAUUUAUAUUUUGAACAUUCCGCAUGAAUCAUAUAAAAGUUAGUUUUAAGAGAUAUCACUUAUAAAACGAUAUUCAUGAGCUUCGUAUGAGAAAAAAUAUGUCCGAGAAGCGUGUACGUUACAAGAAGUAACAAUAUGGUACAUACGUAUGCCAUAAUUAUUGGUACGUAAAAACGUAUUUAGUAAGUUUACCUUCUUCGUUACUUUUAGAGGGUAAAAAACUGAGGUAUCGCAACGAUUGCUAGCGAGUCGACGUUAGUUCAGUGAACUACAGAUGCGAUUAAAAUAGUUCGAGCGAGGUAAAUUUACUAAUUCGUUCGAGGUAAUCCAAAACUCGCUACCUGAUAACACGAAUAAGUAUUUCAUUCGCUCUUGUGCUGUUUUCGAUCAUUGCACGCACACACGCACGCAUUCUCUCUCUCUCUCUCUCUCUCUCUCUCUCUCUCUCUUUCUCUCCCUCCUCCUUUUCUCUCCUCCCUCCCUUCCUCUCUUCCAUUUUAUCAACCAUCAAAUUUAAUUUCGAUGACAAAAAGAAAACCAAACAUAGAAAUAAAGAUAGAUUCUGAGACGCGGGAUCAGAAUUUAUUCGAAAAACGAGAAUGAGCUUUUUUCCUCGAUGCAUUCUCUUCGACAUACGUGAAUCGCGUAUCAACGUAUUUAUCGUGCCAUAACUAAUUUUAUGCAAAUUUCAUAAGUUUACGGUACUUAUAUCAACGAACGGAAAGAUGCACCAGCGAACGAUAACGAACGACCGCAUUUUUUUGACUUAACCGUGCGCGCGUAUUCCUAUUCGUAUUCGUAACCUUGUCUAAGGCUCGUGGCUAAAAUCUAUGCGAACGAUCAACUCGGCAAGUUAGCAAAAGAGAGGAAGCGUUGAUGUAAACACGCGAAAUUUCAACAUACUAAUACGUUUCGUUAAAAGGAAUAAGUUUUUGCAAUAUCAUCUCUUGUUGCACAUACGGACUCGGUCGACUUUGAAUUUUCUUCCGUAGCGCGCGUGCGACUUGUCCGGUCUGCGUAUCGGUCUGAGCGUAUACAUAAUCGAAAAGUUCGUUCAUGGCUGCAUGUACAAACGAACAAAAUGAAGAUACAAUAACAGCGAAAUUAGAAGAAAUGCCAGUUAGAACGAUGCAUGACGCGACUCUAUUUGCCAUCAUCGUUUUUAAUUGCAUCGAGUUACGAACUAUCGUAUCGCAACGUACAAGCUAUGAGUUAGGAAAGGACGGCGUCAGAAACGAUUCUUGUUGCGUUCUCUAAAUUCAUUUGUAUCCUUUGCAUAUUCGAUCAAAUGGACGUUUCUCAUCCAAAAGCUUAAAGAAUUCGCGUAUUGUGCGAGUGCUAAGGAAACAACCAUACCUUUCAUUCGAACAAAAUUUCGCGAAAAAUUUCGAUCUACAUCGAACGUUACUACGGUCGCAGGCGUGCACCGACUUUUUAAACGCAUCGCGAACAUCGUAACGUUACAACGUGAUCUUUUCUUUUAGCCGUAACACAGAGCAGAACCGCAUAGCUUCCGAGUCCGACAUCUAUGGCUUUUCUAUCUUUCUUUUUUCUCAAUUUUGCUUUUUCUCGAGACCAUGUAAACGAACAGCGAUCAGAAACAUUCGUAGAACAUCCGAUGAGUCGGUGUAGAAUCUAUUCGACGAUAUCGUCGUAACGAUUUAUCGAUUAACGUCGUAUCGCCUUCUACUUUCGAAAAGAAUAAAAACUGCGAACCCUACAUCGAAUAGAUUCGUUUAUACAAUUCUACUUUUCACGGCGCAAUUCGCAAAUUUUUCACAAAUACCCUUAGCUUAGGUAAAAGCAAAAAUGUUUAUGCGCGCCGUGAUCACGAGUCGAAGUGAAACAUCGCACGGCCAGAUUUUUCAUCACUAUGUAAUACUUAGACGACUCACGCACGAUACAUUCUACAUCGCUCGUCUAUUUUCCUUUUGUUACGCUCUUUUCCUCAUUUUUAUUCUUUUUUGCGCAUAUACAUAAGUAUCUGUGAUCGCAAAAUUCGUCAGAUUAGAUCAUUCGAUAUACAUAUUCCUUUCGGUAGAUUUGUCAUAGUGAAACAAGUUUUGAUAAAUUAUACCGAUUGCAAUAGAAAAACAUAAAGUUACGUGUUUAGCUAAUGCGGUGAUACAACGUGUAUCGAUUGGAUCGUCUUUACAGAGGAAAACAAAGUUAAUACACAAAUACGAUAAACGUCGUCGUUAUCGAACGAAGAGCAGGCGACAUCCUCGGCGUUGUGGUUACCGAUGUUAGAGUUCUCGUGAAUAUUGGUGAUGCUGAUGUUCUUCUUGUCCUUACCAUUCUUGUUGCUGUAUUUAUUGACUUACAAUUUAUUAACGUUACGAAAAUAAUCUUGCUUUUUUUUUUUACAGCAUUAUUCUUCCAUCUGGAUUCAUAAUCUAUAUAAACACACUUUCUUUCUCAGCCUAUAAGACCGACGCAGCUAUUUCUUCAAACACCAGCCAUUGUCUCGUAUUCGCGAGAAUGCGCAGUUUCACCGACAAAACGAGAUAAGCGUUACACAAGCCGCAUUAUGUAUCUUUAAUAUGCUGAGCAUGGAACUUCUCUUUAUCAUUUACAUUGAUUCUCUCUUUUUAUAACGUUUAGCCUUUCCACUCUUCUUUUUCAUUUUCUUCUUCCUUUUACUCCUACCUUUCAGAGUUUGUUCAGAGAACUUCCAGCUCGUUGAUAAUAAAUAUAAAAUACAUGAUUUUAAAAAACAUU